UUGUUUUUUUUUUGCGUUUGCAAAAGCAAAUGCCCGGCUCUUGGAAGAUUAGCGCAAAAAGAUGUCCAACUCGGUGAAUAUAUCGGUAGAAACAACAUGCGAGAAUCAAAUACGUGAAAUUGCCUACGAUGGCACAGAGCUCUAUCAACCGCCGCCGACGCUUUCGGAGAGUCUUGCAAAAUGUGCGGCUCGCAUUGAUUUCAGCAAAACGUCACUAGACAAUAUAAAAAAGGAAGAAAAAUCCGCAGCUGCAGCCGCCGAUGAUGACAAUAAGGAUGCAAAUCAGUUUCAGGAAAGUUUGUGGCCCUGGGAUGCGGUGCGAAAUAAACUCAAAGAUGCUUAUACCGAAAUCUGCGUGCUAACCGAUGUCAUAUCGAUUGCAAAAGAUAAGCGCUAUUUAGUAUUGGAUCCUCUGUUGGAGGAGCCCGACGACACCAAGCCCAUUGUGCAGGUUUAUAGUCGCAAAAAGGCCAUUUCUCAGGCCGCCCAAGUGCUGCUCGGUGGUGCCGAAAGGAUUCGCAACGCGCACAGCGAGCAACGCAGUCGUAACGUUUCCGACUUUCAUAUUGAGCUGCUGCGUUUGCGUCAGAAUUGGCGACUGAAAAAGGUGUCCAAUGCCAUCAUUGGUGAUCUUAGCUAUCGCACAGCGGGCUCCAAGUUCGGUAUGAGUGGCACCUUUGAGGUGACCAAGGCAGAGGAUGCACUGGACGACGAGAACUCAGGGAAUAACACGGGAGGCUCGGCGAAUUCGAGCAGUAGCAGUAGCAAUAAUGGCAUGCAGCUGAAGGCAAGCUCGGCAUUGAGGGUUAUUGUACCCUCCGAGCUGCAGGGCGUCGCUUAUAUUAAGGUCAUCACACAGAAAGAUCAAGAGGAUCUAUGCACAGCACAGGUGAAUCUAAUGGGCCAUGGACAAAAUUUAACAGCUCAGGUUGGAGUCUGGCAAAAGACGUUGGAGUUUGCCCAGAACGUGCUCUUCUGCAAGGAACUCUUCGCUCAGCUGGCUCGCGAAGCCAUUCAGCUGCAAGCGCCCAUUCCACACGUAGUCAUUGGCAAUCAGAUACGUGCCACGCUGCUGCCCAACAUACAACUCAUUAUCUCGCUGUGCCACUCCACGAGCUUCGAUUCCAGCCAACCGGCACCCAUCAACGAUCACGAUCAUGUGCUCGAGCAUUCGCUGCAUCAGCUGCUGCGCGAGGUGCACUACAAGAACUCACAUCAUCCGUUUCCCCAUCCAGCCAGCGCACCUCUCGGGCCCAGCAAGAAACGCAUGCUUGCGGGACCCACAGCUGCUGAUCGUGAUGCGUUGCUGGACAUGACCAAGACCCAAACGAUACUGGAGCAAAUCAUUGCACAAGCUCAGCACAUUUUUAUGCGCAAGCGCACACAAUAUGUAUUGGAUACAUUGGCGCGUGAUGUCAAGGAUCCGCAAAUUGUGUCGCAUUGGAAUGCCAUGAACAGUCCAACGAUGUCGUGUGUCAAGAUUAAUAUUGUUACACACGGUUACGAUGCCAUUGGACGCACUUCGCUGGUCAUACAUGUCAAGGAGCGUUCACUGAAAUGCAUUUGUCGCGAUGGACGAGUUAUGCGGCUGUCCUACGAACCGCAAGAGUUGCGUGAUCUAAUACUCUGUCAGAUCAAUUCGCAUCAGAUCAGUUGUCUGGUGAGUCUGGCACGUUGCAUGGCCUGGACGGUGCUCUCAAAUAGCAAUCAUCUGGGCAUUGGCAAAGUGGAACCGUUGGGCAAUGCCAGCUCCUGUUUGCUGGCCUCGCCCAACAGCGAUCGCAUGAUUGCUGUGCAGAUACGUUGCGAUCCGCAGAUUGAUGUUAAGGUAUAUAUAGCGCGCAGUCCGCGGCAGGACUUCUUUCCGAGUCCGUUGGUGCCGGAGAAGUUCUGGGAGAAUCUUGGUGGCAAUUUCAAGGAGGUGCGCUUCGACAAAAUCGAGGGCAAGAGUUUUCUCAAUAAAAUGGAAUUUCUGAUGGCAUCGCUGACCAGCAACACGGCAUGAUUAAGUUCGAUCUAGCAACUAGCAUUAUUAUUAUUUAUAUGAUUAUCAAAACAAGCGUUACUUAAGUAAGCACACAACAAACAGAAAGUAUGUACAAGCGUUGAUUCAGGAUGCAAUUAAAGACAGCAGCCUUAGCGCUGCAUGUUGUAAA